AUGUGGCCAGUAGUCAUGAUGAAGAAGAAAGAUUUAAUUUCACGUAAGUGUCAAAUACAAAAAGAAAGGAAGAAACAUAUCUCUAAUACAUUUGUCAGAUGGACAGAACUACUUAGAUUACCUUAUUUCAAUCCAAUUCAGUAUUGUGUUAUUAAUCCUAUGCAUAACCUGUUCUUGGAAAUCGCCAAUUGGAUUAUAAAAAAGUUGUGGAUCAAUGGUGGAAAAAUAUCCAAUGAUGAUCUUGAAUUAAUGGAAAAACGUUUUAAAGCAAUUAAAAUUCUAGCUGAUUUAGGACAGAUUCCUAAUAAAAUUGCUACAGGUGAAGGCUUUUCUGGAUUCACUGCUGAUCAAUGGAAAUCAUUCAUCUUA